AUGGCUGCUACAAUAUCUACAGGAGCGACAGAGCUCCGCGACAUCACGAAAAUGGAGCGCAUUGGUGCUCACUCGCACAUUCGCGGGUUGGGGCUCGAUGACAGGUUAGAGCCCCGCGCAAACUCUCAGGGCAUGGUCGGCCAAGCCAAGGCUCGCAAAGCAGCGGGCAUGAUCCUCAAAAUGGUGCAGGAGGGCAGAAUAGCGGGACGGGCCAUGCUGUUCGCAGGCCCACCUUCGACUGGGAAGACGGCCAUUGCGUUGGGCAUGGCGCAGACAUUAGGCGCAGACGUCCCAUUCACUAUGAUCGCUGCGAGCGAGGUGUUUUCUUUGUCAAUGUCCAAGACGGAGGCCCUCACUCAAGCUCUCCGGAGGAGCAUUGGUGUCCGUAUAAAGGAGGAGACCGAGAUUAUUGAGGGCGAAGUCGUCGAGAUGCAGAUUGACCGCAGUCUGACGGGGGCAACCAAAACUGGCAAGCUCACGAUCAAGACGACGGAUAUGGAGACUGUGUACGACCUCGGCACGAAGAUGAUCGACGCACUGUCGAAAGAGAAAGUGACUGCAGGAGAUGUCAUCGCUAUUGAUAAGACUUCCGGCAAGGUCUCAAAGCUCGGCCGAUCAUUCGCCAGGUCGAGGGAUUACGAUGCUAUGGGUGCAGAUACACGUUUCGUGCAAUGCCCGGAAGGCGAAGUGCAAAAACGAAAAGAAGUUGUCCAUACGGUCUCGCUCCAUGAAAUCGACGUUAUCAACAGCAGAACACAAGGAUUCCUCGCCCUCUUUGCUGGCGACACGGGCGAGAUCAAGCCAGAGCUUCGAGACCAGAUUAACACGAAGGUUGCGGAGUGGCGAGAGGAAGGGAAAGCCGAGAUCAUCCCCGGUGUGCUCUUUAUUGAUGAAGUGCACAUGCUCGACAUUGAAUGUUUCUCAUUCCUGAACCGCGCACUGGAAAAUGAACUCUCCCCUCUCGUCAUCAUGGCAUCCAACCGGGGAAUGGCGCGCAUACGCGGAACGAAAUUCCGCAGCCCGCACGGUCUUCCGGUCGACCUCCUCGACCGUGUUCUCAUCGUCAGCACCUCACCGUACUCGGACGAAGAGAUCGCGCAGAUAAUAAAAAUACGAUGUGAGGAGGAAGAUGUGAACCUGACCGAGGGUGCCUUGAUGGUGCUCACAAAAAUAGCGGGCGACAACACGCUCCGCUACGCACUCAAUCUAAUCUCGACCGCGCAGGUCAUCGCGCGUAAACGGAAGUCGGCCCAGGUCGAAGUCGAUGACGUUCGCAAGGUCUAUGGAUACUUCAUGGAUGAGAAGCGCAGCGUGCAGUGGCUGCGGGAGCAGCAGGGCUCACUGCUCUUCGAGGAGGUUGGCGGCGAGCCGAGGGGAGAUGCGAUGGACACAACUUGA